AUGCCGGCUGGUCCUCCAGAUUUGCUCGAUAUUCCCGGUAAACGUGCCACGUUUACUUCUGGAAGUGAGGAGGAAAUUCGCCUCGGAUCCCGAGUCACUUUCAACGACCAGUCUGUGAAUAUUGAAGGAGUCGAAUUUCAGAUGAAUGAGGUUUGCUAGAU